AUGUCAACACCACGGCGGGGUUCACUACCUGGCACUUCAAGGGCUUCACUCGGUCUCAGCAAAUUGCUUACUCCGGUCUCCGUAUCUGUUUCGAUUGAUAAUCCACUCAUCUUCCUUCACCCUCGUCGAGCUCAUCUAAACGAUUCACUUGACGAUUCACUUCAUAUCCAUCAUCAAUCAAAUGUAGCUCCACCUUCCAUCGAUCCUUCGCCAAGUGGAAGUCAUAGCGCUCAUACUCCUCCAUUCCCAUCUCCUCCGAUCGCAUCAGAACAGCAACCCCAAUCGGUUGCGUCUCCUUUUUCUCCUUCUUUUCCUCAACUUCAUCAUCAUUCAUUUUAUCGACGUUCAGAAUCACAAGGGACGUCGGACAACAACACUAGCACCGUCAUCACAGGCACUCUGGUAUUGAAACUUUUGAGACCUAAAGAGAUCAAGAAGGUUAUCAUCUCUCUCUGGGGUCAAUCGUAUAUUGGUUUCAAUGACCGACCUUAUGAGCAUCAAACGAUCCUCUCUACAGAUCUCGAAAUCGAUCUUGCCACUCAACUUUACUUGCCAUGUCAACAUCCCAAUCCUGGAAAAGUUCACUAUAACGCUUCACAUAAAACUUAUGUAUUGGAUAAAGGUCACUAUAGAUUCUGUUGGUCAUUCAUCUUACCACCUGAUUUGCCACCUUAUGAACGUGGUCAAUUUGGUAGAACGAUUCACAAAGUGAUUGGUAAAGUUAGAUUUGCUUCAAGUGUAGGUUUGGGAUUUGGUACUAUCGGGAAAAAUUUAUCUUCGAUUUUGAUCGGAGUAGGAGGCGUGGGAAACCAUGAAGUUGAGACUGAAUCUUAUUUUGUGGCGGUUUGCAAUCCAGCCAAUGAUGAUGGUGAGGCAAAUGGUGAACUUGCUUUGAACUUCAAUGUUUCGGAUGUAUCUGAUCAUCUAGGGCCUUACACUCUAUCUGCCAGCUCAGCGUACUUCACAGUCUCUGGUCUGCUUCAAUUUAAAUUACGUCUCAAGCAAAUACCACCAUUGAUUAAAAAACUCCUCAAGAUUUAUAAAAUCACCGCGGUCAUCAAACAACAAUAUAAGCUCGUUUCAAUGAAAGAUCGGGAUCCUAAGACUCGAUCACAGUUUGCCGAAUCUUGGCCACCACCUCAACGUCGUAAGAUCUUUGUUCUUGAUUAUUCAAAUGUUGGAGAAUCCGACGAAGAGUGGCACCCAUGUUGGAGUGAAGAAGAAGAACAUCAACAGCAACCAAUCCGAUCUGGUAGACCUCAGACUCCUUCAUUAGGACGGUCGAACGCCAAUGGUGCUGGUCGUAACUCAUCUUCCCGGUCUACCUCCCGUUCCAGGUCAAGGAUCAGAGACUUGAUCAUGACCAGCAGUCGUUCUCAUCACUCUCGUGAAAGAGAAGAGCAUAAUGAAUCCACAACGCCCACGACGCCCCCCGUAUCACCUCAUCACGGUUGGGGAAGUAGUCUUAGUCAAAUCAUACGACGAAGAGAUGAGUCUUUACCACGAACUUCACCACAUCGUAGUGGAACAAGUCGGAGCAGGUCAUUCUCUCACGUACCUAUCCCGCCCCAAUCAACACCUCCCCUCCCGCCUCUUCCUUCUUCAUCCACCUCUCCAAGCCAUCAAUCUCCUUCUCCUCUACCGACUCCGGAUACAUCGCCUGAUCCGACUGCAAUCAAACACUCAGGUCGAACAUCAUAUAUUCAGGCUCCGCAUCAUGUUAAACCUCGUCGAAGGUCUUCUCGAGCCGAAGGUGAGGAGAUACCAUUGGUGACGAUCACUGAUGAUCACUCUUCAUGGGAAAUAGAACACAUUGGACGAUUACCAAAUGAUGAUUCAAUUCGACCGUCUACUUAUCCUGGUACACAAACCAAUAUUCAUAUAUAUAAGAUGAAGACGGCCAACAAGAGCUCAAAUGUAUGGUAUCCAUCUAACAUUAAAAUUAACAUUUUUUCAGACAACCAAAAGAAUCUUAUCAAUUGGAAAACCGGUUCAUAUUAUCUCAUUGAGUUGGAGGAGGUAAGGUGUUGUUGCAUGUUAGAAAGUAUGGUAUUACCACCUUAUUCAAAAUCUGAUCCAAAUUCAGAAGUAGUUCAACAUCCAACACCUCAACAUGCAGCUAGAAUGUUUAAAUGUGUUUGUGGAAUUUCAACAGAAACUUUGUUAAAGACUCAGAAUCCUAAUUCAUCAGAUUCAAGAGUGUUUUCAAAUUCAGAAGAAAUUGAAGGAACUUCAAAUCAAUCAACCACUCCAAAUUCAAAUCAAAAUUCAAAUUCACAUCAAAACCAAAAUGUUUUGAAUCAAACAACUAGAUCUAGACUUGAAUUUAGAUGUUUACCUUAUUCUUCUAGAGAAUCUAUUUCUUCUGAAUGA